AGAUUUGCAUCAAAGGGAAAAUACAUAUAUUCAAAUAUUUAAGUAUACAGGCGUGUCAGAUGGAAAAGACGGGCGAUCCUUUUUAUCUUCACUCCCUUGAAAGACCAAUUCUGCAACAACAUGUUGAAGAAAGGUGAGCUGGUUUACUGUCGCAGUGCAACUUAAAAGUCAUGAUAUGUUUUAGAAAGAUGUGUUUUAAAAUUACUAUUAUUAAUUAUUGAAAUCUACGCCAGGUAUGCAUAAUUCAUCAUUGCCUAUCAUUUCCUUCCAUCCAGUCAACAUUGCCUCCGCCAUACAAAUCAAGCUAUUGAUUUAAAAAAAAAAAAAAAAAACUAGUCAAAAAUAAUGGGGGUUUAGUUACAUUAUAUGAUCUAACAGCCUAAUGUCUGCUCUUAUGAGAUUAACCCACUUACUUAGGGAAAAAAUUCCAUCUGGGGCUUUCUGCAGUAAAAGGUGUUGUGGAUCAGAAAUGUUGAUCUUUGUUAUAUUCAGAGAAAGCCCAAAUUAUUAUUACAAGUGCACUUGGAGAAGCGAGAAUUAGACACCAGACACCUGUUGGUAUUCAAAAUAAGCCUCUGCCGUUUUAUUUAUCAGCUGGGUUUUUAUACAUUAAAAAGUAAGUGCUUACGUGCAAAUACUCUUCGAACAGUAAUAGGAAGAGAGUACAGAUAAGACAUAGGGAUGAACGUCAUGUACACAUAACAAAUAAGUUCCAAGGUAAGAAAGAACAGAAAGAUUAGAGAAGAGACAUCUUAGGUGGGGGCUCUCUGCUCCCAGAUCUUAGACAUAUAUGGUCUUAAGUGUUUUAAGCAUCAAACAAAUAAGGCCCUGGAAUGAAGCACCUGUGACAGGGAGAGGUGCAAAACCAAGUAGUUGGCUAGACUCCAAAUAUAUAAAACCUGGGGGCCUCACUCACCUGAACAUGCAUAAAUGGGGUGCUGCUGGGGGCCAAAUUAUACAAUACACAAGAUCCAGCGCACUCACUUAUCCACUAAACAGCAACUUCAAUGCUGACAGAUUUUAUUUGUUUUGUCAGCAUUGAAGUUGCUGUACUGUUGCUUCCCACCAUAAAUAUGCCUUCCCACCAUCCACCUUGUUAAACAUUUCCCUCUUUCAACUACAGGUAAGGUUUUAUUAUUAGUGAUUUAAAAAAAAUAUGUGCAAAGAGUGCAUGUGAAAAUGUAUUGCAAAGUUUUAAAAGUUCAAUUACUUUUUAAAUUAAAAUAAAACUGAUAAAUAUGAAAAAGUGAAACCAACCAAAAAAAAAAAGAAUCGUCAAGAAAACUAAUGCAAGUUUGCAAUAUCCAAUUACAAUUUCAAAGUUAACAUUCUGGCAGAGUUAAGUUUGUGUAAUUAUUUCAAUAUGCCUUGCCCUUGUUUUUGUCAUAUUUUAUGGUGCUUACAAAUAUUCUGUGACUUAAAAAAAAACACACUUUUUUUUACAUAACUAAAAAGCAUUGAAGAUAUCUUUCCAAUAAAAAAGGAUUCUGACUCGGGUGUUGGCAGCGACAGUGGGGAGAAGCGUUUAUCAACAAUAGAGGUAAUUGUUUUGGUUUUUUUAAUUGAAAAUUUAUUUUUUUCUCAAGUUUUCAUUUUUUAUGUGUCUAAUCCGUUACCUAGAGACACAAUAAAAAAAAAACAUAAAAAGUACAUCUAUUACAAUUUGUGUGUGUAUUUAUCUAUCUAUCCAUCCAUCUAUCUCUGUCUGUCUGUCAUUUUUGUCCUGAUGAAAGUUUUGUAAAGAAGCUGAAACGUUAACAUUUUAUGGAUGCAAUGGAAUUAAAGUUGUUUUAUUUUUAAACAAUUCCAUGAAGUGCUAUCCUUUUCCAGUAUUAUAUAUGUAUAGACUGUAAUCUCGUUUGAGCAGGGCCCUCAUCAACUUAUUGUUCCUAUAACAUUUUGAAUAUGUCUCAUUUUUUGUUAAAUUUCUCCCUUUUAUAAUAUUGUAAAGCGCUGUGGAAUAUGCUGGAGCUAUAUAAAUGCAAAAAUAAUAUUAAUAUAAAUAUGCCUUCCCACCAUCCACCUUGUUCAAUAUUUCCCUCUUUCAACUAUAGGUAAGGUUUUAUUAUUAGUGAUUAAAAAAAUGUGCAAACACUGCAUGUGAAAUUGUAUUGCAAAGUUUUAAAAGUUCAAUUACUUUUUACAUUACAAUUAAACUGAUAUAUAUGAAAUAUAUAGACACUUCCACCGGGCAUGCAUUCCAGACUUUUCCAAAUCUUUGAAAAAGGGGUGCAGGCACCCCAAUAUCUUCAGGCACCUUUAUUAAAAAAAAAAGUGGACCAGACUCUUCUGACUCCAGCAGCCAUAAUGGAAGCUAACCGCGUGAAGCCCAUCAAGCUCGGGUUACCAAAUUCCUGGGAAGAACAGGACACACAGACAGACAGAGACACACAGACAGACAGAGACACACAGACAGACACACAUACUUUUCCCUGGUGUCCAGUGGUGGCUCCGCCUGAUGGGAGGCAGAGAUCCCACUCUGACUCCCUCCUCUCCUUCCUCCUGCGCGGCUCCUGGUAUAAGCUGGAAGGAGGGACCAGGGCAGUCACUUCCUUAAAGCCUCUGACCUCAUCAGAGGGGGCACGGUCGUGCUGUUAAAGCGCUGACCAGGCCCACUGGAAAUACAUAUCAUCGAGUGGCCCUAACAGCAUGGACCACUCGAUGGGCCCCUUCAAUGCGCCCCGGCUGUUACACUGCGCGGCAGGACCGCAUUACUUAGCCAGCGGGAGUCCGGGAGUGACGGCCCAGCUGCGACCCCUGCAACUGCGGUAGUUCCGCCACUGCUUGAUUGGCCAACCACCUUCACCUGGAUAGUGAAACAAUUGUAAAACUAUUUGGGCAAUCUGUUCAGAAGCACUAGAUGGACACGUAAUAAAAAGAGUUCUCAUUUUAUUAAGCAAAAAGUCAGGGGUCUUAUAGCCAUUUUGAUUAAUGUAUUCCAAUGAGUGGUACAAAACUAAACCAUUUCAUUGGCUAGUAUAUUCUCUGUCUUUUCCAUUUUCACGACGUGGAGAACGUUAUUGCUGAACUUGCUGUGUAACACUUAACCUUUAUAUGCUGCCUUAUAUGAAGAUCAUUAGUUUACAAAAUCUCUUUGAUUUGUUAUUCACUUCAAACUUAUACACUUCAUUGCACACCUUAUUAUAUACUUCUAUAUGUGUCUGUUAGGUAUCAUCACUUAAUACGUAUUUGAAUGGUUAUUUACUUAUAUACGUGUUUGUGUCUAAAAACAUGAUUCAUUAUUAGGUGCCUUUUGACAACAUAGAACUGACAAAUACACUGCUCAAAAAAAAAUAAAGGGAACACCUAAACAACACAAUGUAACUCCAAGUCAAUCACACUUCUGUGAAAUAAAACUGGCCACUUAGGAAGCAACACUGAGUGACAAUCAAUUUCACAUGCUGUUGUGCAAAUGGGAUACAAAAAAAAAGGUGGAAAUUAUAGGCAAUUAGCAAGACACCCCUAAUAAAGGAAUAGUUCUGCAGGUGGUGACCACAGACCACUUCUCAGUUCCUUUUCCAUAGAUAAAUACACUGCUUCCUGGCUGAUGUUUUGGUCACUUUUGAAUGCUGGCGGUGCUUUCACUCUAGUGGUAGCAUGAGAUGGAGUCUACAACCCACACAAGUGGCUCUGGUAGUACAGCUCAUCCAGGAUGGCACAUCAAUGCGAGCUGUGGCAAGAAGGUUUGCUGUGUCUGUCAGCGUAGUGUCCAGAGCAUGGAGGCACUACCAGGAGACAGGCCAGUACAUCAGGAGACGUGGAGGAGGCCGUAGGAGGGCAACAACCCAGCAGCAGGACCGCUACCUCCGCCUUUGUGCAAGGAGGAACAAGGGGAGCACUGCCAGAGCCCUGCAAAAUGACCUCCAGCAGGCCACAAAUGUGCAUGUGUCUGCUCAAACGGUCAGAAACAGACUCCAUGAGGGUGGUAUGAGGGCCUGACGCCAACAGGUGGGGGUUGUGCUUACAGCCCAACACCGUGCAGGACGUUUGGCAUUUGCCAGAGAACACCAAGAUUGGCAAAUUCGCCACUGGCGCCCUGUGCUCUUCACAGAUGAAAGCAGGUUCACACUGAGCACAUGUGACAGACAUGACAGAGUCUGGAGACGCCGUGGAGAACGUUCUGCUGACAGGUACCGAGAUGAGAUCCUCAGACCCCUUGUGAGACCAUAUGCUGGGGUGGUUGGCCCUGGGUUCCUCCUAAUGCAAGACAAUGCUAGACCUCAUGUGGCUGGAGUGUGUCAGCAGUUCCUGCAAGACGAAGGCAUUGAUGCUACUGACUGGCCUGCCCGUUCCCGAGACCUGAAUCCAAUUGAGCACAUCUGGGACAUCAUGUCUCGCUCCAUCCACCAACUUCACGUUGCACCACAGAGUGUCCAGGAGUUGGCAGAUGCUUUAGUCCAGGUCUGGGAUGAGAUCCUUCAGGAGACCAUCCGCCACCUCAUCAGGAGCAUGCACAGGUGUUGUAGGGAGGUCAUACAGGCACAUGGAGGCCACAUUUUGACUUGUUUUAAGGACAUUACAUCAAAGUUAGAUCAGCCUGUAGUGUGUUUUUCCACUUUAAUUUUGAGUGUGACUCCAAAUCCAGACCUCCAUGGGUUGAAAAAUGUGAUUUCUGUUUUUUUUAAUUUUUGUGUGAUUUUUGUUGUCAGCACAUUCAACUAUGUAAAGAACAAAGUAUUUCAGAAGAAUAUUUAAUUCAUUGAGAUCUAGGAUGUGUUUUUUUUUGUGUUCCCUUUAUUUUUCUGAGCAGUGUAUUUAUCUAUGGAAAAGGUUAUCAUGCGCAUGGUGAGCCAGGUGGACUCAAAUGUCAUGCUGAGACACGUGCUUUGCAUUAUCUUCCGCCCAAUACAGAAUUAUCUCCCCCCCCCCUAUAAAGACCUUUAACAAAUAUUCAAUUUUUCUGGAGCCCAUUUACGUGUCUCUUUAAGAUUUCUGUUGGCUGAUCCCUGAUCUGUGCUUCAGCCCAGUUACAUUUUUACUAUUUGUCUUCUUUACCUUAUCAUUACACUUUCGAACUUCUUUUUCUAUUUGUAAGUUUCCCUUAUUAUCUUCUUGUUGCUGCACAUGUAUACAUAUUUGCAUCCAAACCCCCUCACUUUGUGAAGUUUGGCAAAGGUAAUCAGUCUCUGGAAUAGUAACAAUAAUUGGAUAAUUGGAGUUUUUGAACAUAUUUGCAGAACAGAUGUGCAUCUGAAAUAGAGCAAAUCAUUAAAGAGGUACUACAGGUGAUACUCGAAGAAUUAGAAUAUCGUGCAAAAGUUCAUUUUUUCCAGUAAUGCAAUGUAAAAGGGGAAACUAAUAUAUGAGAUAGAUGCAUUACAUGCAAAGCAAGAUAGUUCAAGUCAUGAUUUGCCAUAAGUGCGAUGAUUAUGGCUUACAGCUCAUGAAAACCCCAAAUCCACAAUCUCAGUAAAUUAGAAUAUUACAUGCAAUCAAUAAAACAAGGAGUGUACAUAGAACAAUAUCGAACCUCUGAAAAGUAUAAGCAUGCAUGUGGACUCAGUACUUGGUUUGGGCCCCUAUUGCAGCAAUUAGUGCCUCAAUGCGGCGUGGCAUGGAAGCUAUCAGCCUGUGGCACUGCUGAGGUGUUAUGGAAGACCAAGGUGCUUCAAUAGCGGCCUUCAGCUCUUCUGCAUUGUUCAGUCUCAUGUCUCUCAUCUUUCUCUUGGCAAUGCCCCAUAGAUUCUCUAUGGGGUUCAGGUCAGGCGAGUUUGCUGGCCAAUCAAGCACAGUAAUCCCACAUUCAUUGAACCAGGCUUUGGUGCUUUUGGCAGUGUGGGCAGGUGCCAAGUCCUGCUGGAAAAUGAAGUCAGCAUCCCCAUAGAGCUCAUCUGCGGAAGGAAGCAUGAAGUGCUCCAAAAUCUCCUGGUAGAUGCAGUGGUGUAUCCUGGUUUUCUGCUGCCCUAGGCAAGACAAAACUUAGGCACCCCCUCUCUCCGCGCCACCCCCACUCAACCCUUCCCCCCACCCCACCUUCUAAAUACACACACGGGGGGCGAGGGAGCUAAGCAGACCGCUUAGAGGAAGUGCUCCCUCGCCAGCAGCCUGCCCGCCCAGCAUGUCAGUUAGCCACAAGGCUAACAAGGCAUUUGCCCUGGGCAUUUUUUGCCGCCCCCUGAAAAAUGCCGCCCAAGGCAAAUGCCUUGUUUGCCUCGCGGCUAAAACGCCCCUUGGUAGAUGGCUGCGUUGACCAUGGACUUAAUGAAGCACAGUGGACCAACUCCAGCAGACGACAUGGCUCCCCAAAUCAACACAGACUGUGAAAACUUCACACUGGACUUCAAGCAUCUUGCAGUGUGUGCCUCUCCAUUCUUCCUCCAGACUCUGGGUCAUUGGUUUCCAAAUGAGAUGCAAAAGUUGCUGUCAUCAGAAAAGAGGACUUUGGACACAGAGAAACAGACCAGGUCUGUUUUUCUUUAGCCCAGGUAAGAUGCUUCUGAUGUUGUUUGUUGUUCAGGAGCGGCUUGACAAGAGGAAUACGACAUCUGAAACCCAUUUCCAGGAUCCGUCUGUGUGUGGUGGCUCUUGAUGCACUGACUCCAGCCUCAGUCCACUCCUUGUGAAAGUCCCCAACACUUUUGAAUGGCUUUUUCCUGACAAUCCUCUCCAGGCUGCGGUCAUCCCUGCUGCUUGUGCACCUUUUUGUUGCACACUUUUCCCUUCCACAUAACUUUCUAUUAAUGUGCUUUGAUACAGCACUUUGGGAACAUCCAACUUCCUUCGCAAUUACCUUUUGAGGCUUUCCCUCCUUAUGGAGGGUGUCAAUGAUAGUUUUCUGCACAACUGUCAGGUCAGCAGUCUUCCCCAUGAUUGUGAUUCCUACUGAACCAGACUGAGAGACAAUUUAAAGGCUCAGAAACCCUAUGAAGGUGUUAUGGCUUACUUAGCUGAUUAUAGUGGGACAUUUUGAGCCUAGAAUAUUGCACCUUUUCACAAUAUUCUAAUUUACUAAGAUUGUGAAUUUGGGGUUUUCAUGAGCUGUAAGCCAUAAUCAUCGCACUUAUGACAAAUCACGGCUUGAACUAUCUUGCUUUGCAUGUAAUGCGUCUAUCGCAUAUAUUAGUUUCCCCUUUUACGUUGCAUUACUGAAAUAAAUUAACUUUUGCACGAUAUUCAAAUUUUUCGAGUAUCACCUGUAUAGUGCCAGGAAUACAAAACUGUAUUCCUGGCACUAUCUUUUCCCCUGCCUUCCCCAUCCUUUGCGCCCCCCUCCCCGGUAAAUAAAGGGUUAAAUACCCUUUAUUUACUUACCUUAUCGUUCCGCACCCUCUGACGUCCUGCGACGAGUGGGCUCUAAUGCGCAUGCUUUACUAUGAAUCAACGCUUUCCGAUGGGGAAAAAAUCUGAUGCUGGAGGUCCUCAUGCAGAGCGUCCAAUACUGGACCAAAGGUCCUUUUCACUUCAGGAAGCCCUCUAGAGGCUGUCUGGUAGACAGCCACUGUGGGCAGACUUAGAGCUGCAAUGUCAACAUUGCAGUUUCGCUGGAACUGCAAUGUUUAAAAUUGCAGCACUAAGUGCAAUAGGGACACUGCACCCAGAAAACUUCAUUAAACUGAAGUGGUCUGGGUUCCUACAGUGUCCUUUAAAUAUGCAAACCAUGUUGGACAACUGUGAGAAGAUUUUAUGGGUUAAACAGUAAUCAAGAGGUCAGAUAGAGUUUAGUUUAAAAAAGUAAAAUUACUUUAAAAAAAAAAAAAAAAGUAAAUUACUAUCUGAUUCCCCCUGGACAUUGCACUCAAGAUUCAGAGUGCUUGCUGAGACUAUAGUGGCUAUGCUGGGGAGAUAGCUCUGUGGUUAUUCCAACCGCAGCAUCUCAAAGAAGUAGAUUAGAGUUCUGCCAAAGUUAACUCAGCAUUUCAUCCUCUCAAUGUUCAUAAAAUCAUGAAGUUGGUUAGAAUAACAUCUACAUAAUAAUCUCCAAGACAUAAUUGAAAACAAGCAAAAGUCAAAUUAUUAUUAGGGCUAUCAUUAUGUUGGUCAAUAUGCAAAGUAAUGUUUGACACAAAUGGCCUCAUUAGAUGAUAUGCUCAAAUUAGUUUUUGGGUGUUUUUUUUUUGGAGGGGGGGGGCAUAUUGUUCUAAUAAAUCAGCCAAAGUAGACUUUGGCUGAAGCAAACCCACCCUAUAGAAAACCAUAGAAACUGAAACGCCAUUUGCUAUUUACUAUGUUGCAUCUCGAUUUCUUACGCACAAAUAUUGUGGGACCGUCAUCUGGUUCCCUGGUUUAUUUACUUAUCUUGAUUUCUAGUAGAUCAACUCCAUAGUUUGCACUUACUGUCGUUUUAAUACUUGCUUUCAGCAAGGACACUAUAGUCACCAGAACAACUACAGCUUAUUGAAUUUGUUCUGGUGAAUAGAAUCAUUACCUUCAGGCUUUUUGCUGUAAACACUGUCUUUUCAGAGAAAAUGCAGUGUUUACAUUACAGCCUAGUGAUAACUUCACUGGCCACUCCUUAGAUGGCUGUUAGAGAUCCUUCCUGGGUCAUGGCUGCCUAAAAUGCAUCCAAACAUCCAGUGUCUCCUCCCUCUGCAUGCAGACACUGAACUUUCCUCAUAGAGACUCAUUGAUUCAAUUCAUCUCUAUGAGGAGAUGCUGAUUGGCCAGGGCUGUGUUUGAAUCAUGCUGGCUCUGCCCCUGAUCUGCCUCUUUGUCAGUCUCAGCCAAUCCUAUGGGGAAGCAUUGUGAUUGGAUCAGGCCACCACUUCUGAUGAUGUCAGCAGGCAGUGGUGGGCAGGUCUAAAGGAAACAGGGACAGAGCCAGCAGCUCCAGACUUAAAUUUAAGUAAGAUUUCUAUAUUUAUGGAGGCAUGAGGGGACCAGGGGGGCUAGAUGGGGAUUUUAACCCUAUAUGGUCAGGAAUACAUGUUUGUGUUCCAGACCCUAUAGUGCCCCCUUAGUAAUACAGAUGCUUUCCCACAGACUAUUGUAAUUUAAUUUACAUAAACCAUUUGAACUCUUUAACCCCUUAAAGACACAUGACAUGUGUGACAUGUCAUGAUUCCUUUUUAUUCCAGAAGUUUGGUCCUCAAGGGGUUAAAUAAAUGCAUGAAAAAAAAAAAUAUCAGCCAACACAGAACGGCUCAUAGCACAUUGAUAUGAUUGUUCGAUAUCGAGUCUGAUAAAAUGAAACAUUUACUAUGCUUUGAAAAUCAAAAUGAAGUCUACCUUUGAACCCUACUAGUGAAAUCUCGCCUCUUGUUCCCGGUUAAAAUUAGAUCUCCAGCUGCAGGAUAUGAGGCAGAGGGCUUCACCUGUGGAAGAAGCUUUUUAGUCUCUGAUGUCAUGACAGGCACACUUUAUUACUCUCCUAGGAAACAUCUGGAUGAACGAGAUGCAAUGCCAGGCCACAAAUGCUCACAUGCUACUGUAAGGGGUUUUAUUAUUGAAUGUCUUCCUGUGUUUAUUUUUUUUUUUUUUUGUCCGUUGUAGUUUAUUUUUUUUGCAAAGAGACAUUUUAUGCAUUUAUUAUUUAUUAUUUUAUUCCACUCCUCCUUUCAUUGACAGUGGACUUAUGACAAUGCACAGAGUAAAAUCUCUUUGUAAAUGAAGACAAAUGGAAAUAUUUAAGAUUUCUUAGUGCCCUUCCUAAUGGAGAUGACAUGCUAGUAUUAAGCAUUAUUAUCAUCAUCAUUAUUAUUAUUAUUUAUGUAGCCACGACACAUUCUGCAGCACUUUACCAUAUUAAUUGGGGAUAUAUUGUAAGGAUAUAUUGACAAAUUAGAAACAAACCUUUACAAGUGUUAAAAAUCGGUUAUUGAGGACUCUACUUGAAUGUGUCACAAUUACUUAACUCGCUCCCGGGAGCCAACGUGGUGAUCUCCGGAAGGCUCCUCUCCCGAAUCAUUUGGCAAUUCCGAUGCUGGAUGCUUCGGCUCUGCCUACAUGAUGCAGAUUUGCAUCACUUGCACUGCCCCCUUAUGUUUUAGAGAUUUAUGCUUUUAGCAGUGCCCUAUUGUGGUUCCUGCUUUAGUCUCUAUAGUGGUGUUUGUGAUUUCUAGUAUAUUUGCUUACAGACACAGCUCUGAUAUUUGACUUCUCUUUUCUCGGUUAUCUCUGGACUCCGACUUCAUGUCUAAUCAUUCUCCUGUCCGCUGGCUCCCUUGACUUUUGGCUAUUUCUGGACUAUUCUUAAUUUUGCUAGGUUAAGUCAAGCCAUUCUUAGGCCUGGUAAUAUGGUUUUUAUAUUUAGAUAAAACUCUAAAUGUUGGGGUUUUGUUACCGUGACAGAAUGAGCAUAUAAUCCAGAGAGACCCCCAACCUUUUUUAGACCUGUAUGUCAUUCAUCAUUCUGUUCCCAGCUGAGCAUCAGCCACUGACUGGCAAGCUGUGUGCGCACAACUUGUUGAUUGAUCAGUUUGCAAGUAUGUAAGAGUUUACUCUAAAUUAGACAUGUGCAAUUUGUUUCGGGCCGAAUGUGAAUUCGGACGAAUUUCGGGAAAUUUGGACAUUUGGGUACUUCCGAAUGUCCGAAUAGAUGAAUUACUGAAUUGUCGAAGUCUCGAAGUUCCGAAGUUGCCGAAGCACAGUAUUACCUAAGAACUAAUAUACUUACCCAGUGGAAGAAUGAAGAAUGUUACACUGUAUACAAUUUUAAAUAAAAAGUAUUCAAACAUAGCCAGGAUUUAGCUGUAAGCAUUUGCAACACUUACACCAAUCAAGUAACAUACAUUCAUAUAAAAUGUAAGUUACUUAGCCAGUCAAUGUAAUGACAGGAAUGAAUAAGUGGAUAACACUCUAAUUCCCACCGUAUCAGGGAGUUAUCUACUAAAAGGCUGAAAGACCUAAAUUGGUCUUUCUGCCAAAUUUACUAAUACUGAGUAUAGAUUACUUAGUAUUAGUAAAUUAUGCCCCUACUUGCCAUACUGCGAGUAAAGGCAUGUCUAUUAAACAGUGAGCAGAAAAAAAGCCCCACCCGUGCUGCGCGAGUGGGGGCUUCUAACCUGAAGGGUGACCUAUUCCCCCCUUCGCCCCCACCCCUGAGCGGUGGGUGGGGGCCCUAAAUACUAAUAAGGGGGGCGACCUAAUGUCCUCCCCCUGGCCCCCACCCCUGAGCGGUGGGCCCUAAAUUAGAAUAAGGGGGGGAACCUAUUGUCCUCCCCCCUGGCCCCCACCCCUGAGCGGCGGGUGGGAGCCCUAAAUACCAAUAAGGGGGGGACCUAUGGUCCACCCCCCCGGCCCCAACCCCUGAGCGGCGGGUGGGAGCCCUAAAUACCAAUAAGGGGGGGACCUAUUGACCUCCCCCCUGGCCCCCACCCCUGAGCGGAGGGUUGGGGCCCAAAAUAAAAAUGUUACCCCUCCACCCCCAUAGGUGACUAGGGGUCCCCAGCCCCUAGUCACCCCCUCCCCCCCAAAAAAACUAACCCCUACCUACCCCCCUCACCCUAAAAAUAAUGAGGGGGGGCCAUUAACUAAGUACCUGUAAAAAAAAGAAAACUUACCAUUUGAUGUUUUCUUUCUUCUAAAAUCUUCUUUUUUUUCAGCCCCAAAAAACGUCAAAUAAAAAAUCCAUAAUAACCGACGCACCAAAAGAAUAAAUAAAAAAUAAUCCAUCUUACUCCAUGGAGGGCUCCUCGCAGACUGAGCUCUGCAGGGCGGGGGAAGGCUUAUAAAGCCUUGCCCCUCCCUGCAAUUAGGCUCAGAGCACUCUGAUUGGUGGGUUUAAGCCAUCCAAUCAGAGUGCUCUGACAGAUAAAUGAAGAGACUAACAGGUUAGUCUCUACAUCUACCUGUCACAGCACUCUGAUUGUUUGGCUUGAAAUCCAUCAAUCAGAGUGCUCUGUCAUUUUACACAGCGUGGGAAAGUUCUUUGGAAUUUUCCCACGCUGUGUAAUUUGACUCAUAACUCUGAUUGGUUACUUAUUCCACUAAUCAGAGUGUUAUGAGUCAAAUGUAGAGACCUGCCUGUCAGUCUCUUCAUUUACCUGUCAGAGCACUCUGAUUGGAUGGCUUAAACCCACCAAUCAGAGUGCUCUGAGCCUAAUUGCAGGGCGGUGCAAGGCUUUAUAAGCCGCUCAGGGGUGGGGGCCAGGGGGGAGGACAUUAGGUCCCCCCCUUAUUCUAAUUUAGGGCCCCACCCACCGUUCAGGGGUGGGGACCAGGGGGGAGGACAUUAGGUCCCCCCAACCUUAUUAGUAUUUAAGGCCCCCACCGCUCAGUGUGAGGGCUGGGGGGGAGGACUAUAGGUUCCCCCCAUCAUUUUACUUUAGGCCCUCUACCCGCCACUCAAAGGUGGGGGCCGGGGGGAGGCAAUAGGUUGCUCACUGUUUAAUAGAUAUGUACCUACUGUUUAAUAGACAUGUCCCUACUCGCGGUAUAGCGAGUAGGGGCAAAAUUUACUAAUACUAAGUAAUUUUUACUUAGUAUUAGUAAAUUUGACUGAAAGACCAAUUUAGGUCUUUCAGCCUUUUGGUAAAUAACUCCCUAAUACGUUGGAAUUAGGGAGUUUUCUACUAAGCGGCUGCAACAGAAGUCACAAAGUGGCGAAGUCCCGAAUUUCGGAAUGCCGAACCGAAAAUUUUCCCCAUGCACAUGCCUACUCUAAAUGGGUUUUUGUAUAGCUUGGAGGAAAGACGAGACGGGGGUAUAUGAUAUAAAUAUUUAAAUACAUAAAGGGAAUCAACACAGUAAAGGAAGAAAAACUACCACAACAAGAGGACAUAGUCUUAAAUUAGAGGGACAAAGGUUUAAAAAUAUCAGGAAGUAUUACUUUACUGAAAGGGUAGUGGAGGGAUGGAAUAGCCAUCCAGCUGAAGUAGUAGAAGUUAACAGAGUGAGGGAAUUUAAAGGACCACUAUAGUGCCAGGAAAACAUACUCGUUUUCCUGGCACUAUAGUGCCCUGAGGGUGCCCCCACCCGCCCGGCUCUGGAAAGGGGAAAAGGGGUUAAACUUACCUUUUUCCAGCGCUGGGCGGGGAACUCUCCUCCUCCGAUCCUCCUUCUCUCUUCCCCGUCGGCUGAAUGCGCACGCGCGGCAAGAGCUGCGCGCGCAUUCAGCCCGUCUCAUAGGAAAGCAUUCAUAAUGCUUUCCUAUGGACGCUUGCGUGCUCUCACUGUGAAAAUCACAGUGAGAAGCACGCAAGCGCCUCUAGUGGCUGUCAAUGAGACAGCCACUAGAGGAAAUAGGGGAAGGCUUAACCCAUUCAUAAACAUAGCAGUUUCUCUGAAACUGCUAUGUUUAUGAAAAAAUGGGUUAACCCUAGCUGGACCAGGCACCCAGACCACUUCAUUAAGCUGAAGUGGUCUGGGUGCCUACAGUGGUCCUUUAAGCAGGCGUAGGAUAGGAAUAAGGCUAUUCUAGCUAUAAGAUAAGGCCAGGGACUAAUGAAAGUAUUUAGAAAAUUGGGUAGCCUAUAUGGGCCGAAUGGUUCUUAUCCGCCGUCACAUUCUAUGUUUUUAUGUGUGUGUUCAAUUUUUACUUUCUCCUGGAGUUCUGCUUCUCUGGUCCACUGGCCUUGGCUCAUGGACAUGUUCCUAUGCUGCUUAUAGUGAGACUGUGUGUUAGUGGAAGUAUCCUGUCCAAAUACUACUUUACCUCAUAAUACCUAAAACAAAGAAAAUGAGUUAUGUUAUCUAUCUAACUAGUUUGCCCAGAAGGGUGAAUCUAUCUUUCUCUAAUAUUCUUGUUUAUUCUCGUGCCUACAUAUUACAGAUCUUAAAGGAAAACCGUAGCGUUAGGAAUGCAAACAUGCAUUCCCAAAACAAGUGUUCUUCUAGUUAUUUGAUUGCCCCUUCACCCCGUGCAAUAAUAAAGACAUUAAUAAAAAAGAUUUACAACCCUCCUAAUUGUUGUAAACAGCUAUUCUUAGGUGACCUUAAUGCCUCUGCAAGGAAAGGGUUAAUAACUCAUACAAGCUAGCACUUAAUAACAAAGAGGGUAAAACUCCCCCCACACUUGUAAAACAUUCUUGAUAAUACAGAGAUGAUUUUGUCAGUGAGUCAUGUUGUGUAUCUGAUUGUCCUCCAGUUAUAAUAUCCAUAAACCGUGGUUGGUUUGUAGCCCACAAUAACUAGAGUUUAGCUCUGACAAUUAAAUUAGAAUUUCUAAAUUCUAAAAAGAAGUUGUCUUUUCGCUUAACGGUGGCAAAUGUCUCUGUGUUUAUAGAGUUCAGAGCAUGUCACCAUAUCCACUUGUAGUGAAUAGAUCUGACCUGUUUCUGUAAGAAAUUUGAAGUUUGCCCUUAAUACAGUGCGGGGUCUUAAAGGAACCUCCCUAAUUUAGAGUAAAGCAGGUUUCUUUGGAGAAAGAAGAAACAUAAAAAAUGGUUGUUGAAAAUGUACAGGUUAUGAGAAGAGUAGAAAGGAUAGGGUUAUGGAUCCCUUAAAUGAGCAGAACAAAAAUAUAUGUAUAAAUAAUACAAUUUAAAAAAAUGUGAUUGGUGGCCAGGAAAACAAAUAUCGGUAUUGGAGGUACAGGUAACUAUAUAUUGAGUAGGUCCCUCCAACAAAUGCACAUUUAAUUAAUCAGUUAGUCUAAACACUAGUGAUUACAUGUAAAAUAUACAUUUUUCUUUCUGUUUAUGAAAAAUAAAUUGAAUCACACAUUGAGGUAAGUUUAUAUAUCUCAACAGUUUUGGGUUUCUAAAUGAAGGAAGGAUGAUGUUGAAGAAUGUUGUUGAUUGUGUUCUCAAAUCCUCUUUAUUUUUCUGUUUAAGCCUUGUGAUGAAGACUCAGCCAGCCCGAGUGUGCCAAUGUCUGAUAUCUUGGAAGAAGAAAAUCUUGCCAAAGACGAGUUAGACCAGCAAUUAAACAGCCCAAUCAAGGGUAAGCAUUGCAAAGGAGGAUUUUACUUGUUCCAUUUGUUACAUCUUGUACCAGUGUGUUUCUUCUACCUGUUCUAUAACUGUGUAAUAUUAUUAAAGAUAUCAAGUUACAUGCAUAUAGUAGCUGUGCAUACUGUAAAUCAAUGAUUUGUUUGUCAAAGAUAAUUAGUAUGUCUUUCAAUGCUACAUUUUUAACAGUGCAUGGUUAGAUAAGCCUGAACCCAUUCUUAUAUCUGAGAGUGCCUUAUUGCAGCUAUUAUUAAAAAAAAUAAAAUAAAUCUAAGACCACCAUGACUGCCAGUCAGCUAGCUGAAACACUUGUGGGUUGCCUUUUUUCAGUCUUCUGGUUGGAGAGAGCUGAACUCGUAGGGAUGCAUGGUUUAUGGCUCUCCCAUAGGAAAACCCAGUGUGGUUUACUAAACAGACUGGGAAUACACUUUUAGCAGCAAAUUAAUUUAUUUUUCUAGCUCAGCUCUUUUGACUUAAAAUUUUCAGUUUUCUUGACAAUUUUUCUCAAUUUCUGAUAAAUAGAAAAAUUGCAAUUUAAUAUCUGAUAUUUCUUGACAUAUGGCUGCUGGGCUAUUAAAGAUGUUGAAAUGGUCACAACCCUAUCUGUCCAAUACUUUUCUGUUAUCAGAUUUGUGAAAAGAGAGCGAUUUAUUGCAUUAAGCCACCCAUGCCCCCCAACAGUAUAACUUUUGGUGUCCUGUCCAAAAGUGAAAAGGGGACAACAGAGAACUGCAAGGCACUUGAGCAUCAUAAAAUGCGUUAAUGCUGUGCAGAGGUCACUAGAACCAUGCGGAGAGUGCUUCAGUGGUCCUGUUGAGAGAGAGAGGGAGGGGGGGGCAGCUAAAUAAGCUGUCAUGGAUCCCCUCUUUUUUUUUGCGGGCCUAGGCGUUGGUCGUUGCUGGUGACACAAGUUACAAGCCCGCAUGUCUCAGCAAUCACAAUCUUGCUGAUGAAGAGCUACUGACACUUUAACAAGACCACUGAAAGCUUUGGGAUUGCUACAAACCAAAGGACUCAAAACAACUAUUCUCAAACAAAUAACUAAGCGUUUGCACACAAGCUAAAUAUGAUGUAGCAAAAUAGACAACAUAAAAAAAAAUGUACACUAUAACGGAAAGAUUUGUUUGCAUACCUUAAAGAAAUACACACUCUCUACAAAGUCUCUUGGAAAAUAUUUUAAUUACACACCUGUCACCUGUUGACAUCACCAAUAUGUUUGGCUUUGCAUAACCUGCGACAUAAUUAAAAAUCCCUUGAAGACUGCACUUUUUGUUCCUAGUAACCUUGUGAUAUUGACCUAUUGAUCUUGACAUUGUUAUAUUAACAAUGAAAUCACUGUUUAAACCUGGUUUUAAAAUAACAUUUUCUGACUUCAGAGAUGAUACCAAAAAUUUUUCUGGAGUUUUAAUUGUGCUCACUUUGAUAACUGUCGUAAAAUGCUGGCUGAAAUUUGGAAAAUAUAACUAACACCAUAAUGUAAUAAAGAUCUUGGUUAACAAAUCCCAUUAUUUCCCAGGAGGCAGCAUUCUAAUCAAUUGUAUGUAGAUUUUGAUGAAGUAGGGAGGACAGAAAAAAAUACCAGGAGACCUAGGCAAAAUCAUAGACAACUAUCAGUAUAAAUAUACGUUGGUGGUCGUUUUAAUGUUAGAAUGUUGCUGUCAUAUAACCAUAUUUUAUGAUAUUAUAAUUUUAUUGAAACAAAUGUAGUGCAUUUGUGCUUGAAGAAUAUUUAUAAGAUUAUAUUCUUGUAUUAGUUGGCUGUCAACAGUAUUCUCACCAGACUGUCAUUGGCGAGCCAGAGAAUUUACUUUGCCGAUACGACGACACAAAUGCCAUCCACACGGACUUCAUAAGUUACAAUGAGGUAAUGCAUACUUAAUGUUGAGGAUGAUCCAGUAGUGUGAGGUUGGAGUUGAUGUUAAAUAUGCACAAGCUAUUUUUUUUUCAAGGAAAUGAUCUGAAGAAAAUUUGUUGUCCUAUAACAAAAAAAUUAAUACCAUUGAACAUUUUGUGGCUUGUCCUUGGGAUUCAUAUUCUGUUUUCAUUUCAUGACCCAUCUACUCAAUGUCUCAUGCCAGCCAGGGGAGUAUUUAUUAACAAUACAUUUAAGGAUUGUGUUACAGUCCUGUAGUCAUUGUGUUCGCUGUACACUUUGAUGUGGCUUGAGGCACACUGAUUGUAAACCACUGGUCUGUUGUGCGUGCCAGUGAUGUGUGCUUGUGAGUAAAAACAAUGGUGUUCGGGGUUUGUGCUUCUGAUAAAUCUCAAAUUUGCUAGUGAUGUGUGCUUGCUGAAUGUCUUGUGUUCUAGUGAUGUAAGAAGUGUGCAGUCUGCUGUUUCCUUUUGCAGAAAAUAUAAUAAACAGAGAAUUUGUGUUUGUCAUUAGUUUGUUAAUUACAGAACAUCUGAUACAUGUGUAGUGUGGCAAUUAUAUGGGUUAGUAAGAUAUGGCUAAUGAUAUGCAUGGGGCAUUUGGGUGCUGCAUGUUGGCACUAUAUAGAGUGUUUCUGGAUGAGCAUUUGUAGGCAAAUGUGAGAAUUCAUGUAUGAGGUUUGGUGUGUAUAUAUGUUUUAAUGGAGUGUGUGAAAGGCUAUAAAAGGAGGCAAGUGUACAGAUGUACAUGUAAGUUAGAGGGAAUAUGUGAGCCACACAGGCAUUAGGGCAGUUUUUAUCUGGGCCACUUGAAUGCAGGAGUUAUGGGAUGAAGCCUUACCUCAGCCUUGUACAGAUAUUCUUUCUUAAUGCCCCCAAGGCAAAGAGCCAUUAGCCCUCCCCUCAUGAGCCCCUUGUCAUAUGCAUGCAUUAUUAUUUUUUUGCUUUGCGAAAACAUUUUAAUUUCUUUUUUUUUUUUUUCUUCUUUUUUUUGAACUUUUUGUGGGUGGGAGGGGUUCUUGUAUAUGUUGCAGGUUUGAUGGUUACUGAACCAUUUUAAUUGGUUUAAAAUAAAAAUUAAGAAAUUAUAAGUGUAUGGGGCCAUCAUAAUACAGUUUACAAACUGAGUAGAUGUUAUUGGAUGGGGUAACAGUGUACACCUCACUUUCACCCAGUUUCCUUUGAUUGUGGAGAUAUUGCGGUGCUGGAGAUCCUAUGUGCUGUAAAUAAUAGAACUAUAAGCUAUCUACUGCCUGUCUAAGAAUGAUGGUCCAUAAAAUGUUCAGUGCUGGUACACCAAACAAUAAGUGACCUUGUAAUCCCUCCUAACCUUUUUAAAGUGGUAAUGAAACUGUAUUACCGUUUGAUAAUGAAUAGGUAUACCAAUGUUUUUUGAACACAGGGCCAAACAUCUGAAUUUGAUGAACCUUUGCAAAUACAAGAGGACACAACUUGGUUAAUAGAAAACACGUGAGUGAAUUUGUCCUUCCUAUUAAUUUUUUUACUUGACAAAUUGGAGCAAAUGAGCUUACAGGAUAGGCCCAAAUAUAUUUACAUAUGAACCAAGAGGGCUGCACUCAUCUCAACAUGCAUACAUUAUAAGUGUGCUGCUGGGGCCAUUUCAUACAACAUACAACAUACAAGAUCCUGUGCACUCAUUCAAUAAACCACAACUUCAAAGCUCACAGAAUUAGGUCUUUAAAAAAAACAACGGACUUAGGCAGAUGUUUUUAUAUUAAUGUGUAUGUGUCCUUGUUUUGGAAAAGACUUGUAUAUUGAAGACGAUUGUUAUAGGUCAUUAUUGCAAGGAGCAUAAUACUGUUUAAAGGGGUCUGUAGGUUUAAUAAUGAUCACUAAAUCCAAAUUUGUGAAAAGAUUCACAAAUGGGUCUAACUUCUUGGGGCCUUCUUGCUUUUAAAGUGGCACUGUCAUGCUGAACUUACCUUUCCUCAAUCUCUUCCUCUUCUCCCCCUCUCUCAGGAUCUGUUCUUCUUUUCUUCCUGUCUUCUUUAGUUUUCUUUAAAAUCAUAAGACAAAGUAGGGACUCUUUGCCUUAUGGAGGAUUCUUCCGCUUGACCAGCGGAGGAGCAAAGUGUGCUUCAUUUCCGCUGGUCACAGCAAUUUUCCCAUAAUUCUUACCUUUCCUCUGUGAUCUCGCGAUGCUUCCUGUCAUUUUAGACAAAACUGACGAAUUGCGUUCUAACUGAAUGAGAACAGUAUGUUCGUUUCUUUUAGAACUCAAUUCGGCACUUUAUUCAUAUCGGAAUUUCAUUUGAAUGAAUGAAACUUCGAUUCAAUUCGUGCUGUGGCUGCAUCUUGCAGCCGCUUAGUAGAUAACUCCCUAAUUCCCACGGUAUCCCAUUUACUAAUACUAAGUAAAGAUUACUUAGUAUUGGUAAACAUGUCUAGUAAGCAGUGAGCAGCCUGCAGUGAGCAACCUAUUGGCCCCCACCCCUGUGCGACGGGUGGGACCAUAAAGAUAAUGAGGGGGGGACACCUACUGUCCUCCCCCCAGGCCCCCACCCCUGCACGGUGCGUGGGGGCCAUAAAUUACAAUGAGGGGGACCUACUGUCCUCCCCCCGGCCCCCACCCUUGAGCGGUGGGUGGGGGCCAUAAAGAUAAUGAGGGGGGAGGACCUACUGUCCUCCCCCUGGCCCCCACCCUUGAGCUGUGGGUGGGGGCCAUAAAUUACAAUGGGGGAACCUACUGUCCUCCCCCCGGCCCCCACAUCUUGAGCAGUGGGUGGGGGCCAUAAAUUACAUGGGGGGACCUACUGUCCUCCCGGCCCCCACCCUUGCAUGGUGGUUGGGGGCCAUAAAUUACAAUGGGGGGACCUACUGUCCUUUCCCCGGCCCCCACCCUUGAGCGGUGGCUGGGGGCCAUAAAUUAUAAUGGGGGACCUACUGUUCUCCCUCCCCCCGGCCCCCACUCUUGAGCAGUGGGUGGGGGCCAUAAAGAUAAUGAGUGUGUAUAAUGAAUGCAGUGUGUGCGUGUGCUGGAUGAUGUGUGUGCGCGCGCUGCAUGACAUGUGUGUGAGUGCUGGAUGAUGUGUGUGUGUGCUGGAUGAUGUGUGUGUGACUGCGUGUGCUGGAUGAUGUUUGUGACUGCGUGUGCUGGAUGAUGUUUAUGACUGCGUGUGCUGGAUGAUGUGUGUGUGAGUGCUGGAUGAUGUGUGUGUGAGUGCUGGUUGAUGUGUGUGUGAGUGCUGGAUGAUGUAUGUGCUGGAUGAUGUGUGUGCUGGAUGAUGUGUGUGUGUGUGAGUGCUGGAUGAUGUAUGUGCUGGAUGAUGUGUGUGCUGGAUGAUGUGUGUGUGUGAAUGCUGGAUGAUGUGUGUGUGUGUGCUGGAUGAUGUGUGUGUGAGUGCUGGAUGAUGUGUGUGUGUGUGCUGGAUGUGUGUGUGCUGGAUGAUGGUGUGUGUGUGGAUGAUGGUGUGUGUGUGCUGGAUGAUGGGUGUGUGUGUGCUGGAUGAUGGGUGUGUGAAUGCUGGAUGAUGGGUGUGUGUGCUGGAUGAUGGGUGUGUGUGUGCGUGCUGGAUGAUGGGUGGGUGUGUGCGUGCUGGAUGAUGGGUGUGUGUGUGUGCGUGCUGGAUGAUGGGUGUGUGUGCUGGAUGAUGGGUGUGUGUGUGUGUGCUGGAUGAUGGGUGUGUGUGUGUGCUGGAUGGUGUGUGUGUGUGAGUGCUGGAUGAUGGGUGUGUGUGUGCUGGAUGAUGGGUGUGUGUGUGCUGGAUGACAAAUUCCCCCGCCCCACCAAUCAAGGUGACUAGGAGUCCCCAAGCCCCUAGUCACCCACCCUCCCACCCAAAAAAAAAAAGUAAGCCCCUACCUACCCCCUCACCCUAAUAAAUAGUGAGGGGGGAAAUAAAAUAACUAACCUGUAACGAAAAAUUUAACUUACCAUUAGACGUCUUCUUUUUUCUAAAAUCUUCACUUUUCAUCCCCAAAAAAGGUCAAAUAAAAAAACCAUCAUAUCCAUCGAACUUAAAAUAAAAUAAAAAAAACUUGACAAAAAAGAAAAAAACAAGCGCCAAAAAAUUAAUCCAUCUUCACCCAUGGAGGGCUCCGCACAGACUGGUCCUCCCCCCCGGCCCCCACCCUUGAGCAGUGGGUGGGGGCCAUAAAUUACAAGGGGGGGCGACCUACUGUCCUCCCCCCCGGCCCCCCAACCCUUGAGCGGUGGGUAGGGGCCAUAAAGAUAAUGAGGGGGGGACCUACUGUACUCCCCCCCGGCCCCCACCCCUGGGCGGCGGGUGGGGGCCCUUAGACAAAUUCCCCCGCCCCCCCAUCAAAGGUGACUAGGGGACCCAAUCCCCUAGUCACCCACCCACCCAAAAGAAAAGUAACCCCCUACCUACUCCCCUCACCCUAAAAAAUAGUGAGGGGGGAAUAAAAUAACUAACCUGUAAAGAAAAAUUAAACUUACCAUUUGACGUCGUCUUGUUUUCUAAAAUCUUAAUUUUACAGCCUCAAAAAAGGCCAAAUAAAAAACCAUCAUACCUGUCGAACUUAAAAUAAAAUAAAAAACCGGACGAAAAAUAAAAAACUGAGCGCAAAAAAAAUAACCCAUCUUCACCCAUGGAGGGCUCCGUGCAGGGCAGGGGAUGGCUUAUAAAGCCUUGCCUCGCCCUGCAAUUAGGCUAAGAACACUCUGAUUGGCUGGUUUAAGCUAAUCAGAGUGCUCUUUGUCAUUUUACACAGCGUGGGAAAAUUCCAAAGAACUUUCCCACGCUGUGUAAAAUAACACAGCACUUUCCCACGCUGUGUAAAAUGACACAGCACUUUCCCACGCUGUGUAAAAUGACACAGCACUUUCCCACGCUGUGUAAAAUGACACAGAGCACUUUCCCCACGCUGUGUAAAAUGACACAGAGCACUUUCCCCACGCUGUGUAAAAUGACACAGAGCACUUUCCCACGCUGUGUAAAAUGACACAGAGCACUUUCCCACGCUGUGUAAAAUGACACAGAGCACUUUCCCACGCUGUGUAAAAUGACACAGAGCACUUUCCCACGCUGUGUAAAAUGACACAAAACACUCUGAUUGGAUGGAUUUCAAGCCACCCAAUCAGAGUGCUCUGUGCCAUUUUACACAGUGUGGGAAAGUUCUUUGGAAUUUUCCCACGCUGUGUAAAAUGGCAAAGAGCACUCUGAUUGGCUUAAACCAGCCAAUCAGGGUGUUCUUAGCCUAAUUGCUGGGUGGGGCAAGGCUUUAUAAGCCUUCCCCCGCCCUGCAGAGCUCAGUCUGCGUAGAGCCCUCCAUGGGUGAAGAUGGAUUUUUUUUUGGCGCUCGUUUUUUUCUUUUUAGUCUGUUUUUUUUUUUUUUUUCUGCUCAGGUUUUUUAUUUGGCCUUUUUUGGGGCUGAAAAAUGAAGAUUUUAGAAAAAAGAUGUCGUCAAAUGGUAAGUUUAAUUUUUCUUUACAGGUUAGUUAUUUUAUUCCCCCUCACUAUUUUUUAGGGUUUGGGGGGUAGGUAGGGGGUUACUUCUUUUUUGGGUGGGGGUACUGGGUGACUAGGGGCUUGGGGACCCUUAGUCACCUUUGAUGGGGGGGGAGGGCGGUGGGGGAGGACAGUAGGUCCCCCCCAUUGUAAUUUAUGGCCCCCACCCACCGCGCAGGGGUGGGGGGAGGACAGUAGGUCCCCCCCCAUUGUAAUAUAUGGCCCCCACCCACCGCUCAAGGGUGGGGGCCGGGGGGGGAGGAUAGUAGGUUCCCCCCAUUGUAAUUUAUGGCCCCCACCCACCACGCAGGGGUGGGGGCCUGUGGGGGGAGGACAGUAGGUCCCCCCUUAUUGUUAUUUAGGCAGGUGGGGGCUGGAUAGUAGUGGUAUUUUUUAAACUGUGAGCAAUCACAGGUUGCUCACUGUUUAGUGGACAUGCCCCUACUCGCGGUAUAGCGAGUAGGGGCAUUGGGGAGAUUUUAAUCCCCCUUAUGCUAUUGACCCCCAUAGAGUCAUAUUGACCCCCAUAGAGUGAGGGGGGGACCUGGGGGGCUUAUGAAGUGUUGGGGAGCUCUGCUACCUGCUGCUUCUAUCUUUACAUAUUACAAGGAGCUGCAUGCCGGUAGCGCCCUCCUUGUUAUAAACCAAACGAACACUGAUACACAGUGUUAGUUUGUUCAUCUGACAUUUCAAUUCAUUCAGCUUUCUGACGAAUUAAUGAAUAGAUGAAAUUCACGUUCGCAUGUCCAAGUGUUUCACUGGGCAUGUGCGGGAAUCUCACAGCGCUAUCUAGUGUGGGCAGAUGACGUGUCCCACAGGGACUUCCUCUACCCACACAAAGAUGGCGGUGCCCUGAAUAUAGAUCGGGGCAGAAAAUAAAGAAUAAAAAAUAGGUAAUAUGGGGGGCUUAGGGACAUAUGGGGGUGACUAAGGGGUCAGUUAGAUGGUAGGGCUGAUGGAAGUGCAUGGAGUAUGAAGAAAUUGUUGAGGAAAUUAAAUGUUUGUAUUCUAACAAAUCAAAAGUAAAAAUGGGGACUACCUUUACACAAAUCUAACGUAAUAAGCUUUGCAUACUGACGUAGAUACAUAUUGUAUCUAAAGUCUCCUUAUUAUUAAAGAAAAUGUGUGUUUGGGUUUUAUCUAGUAUAUAUGUCUGCUAGCCCACCCUAGUUUUAAAUUAGAUAUUUACAUAAUUCUUAAAGUUCUGUUAUUUUCUUUUCAGAAAAAAUACUUCUGAAAGUGAAGACCUCAACACACCAAUGAUAGAACAGUUAAGAGAGGCAGUUGAUAUGUUGCAAGAUCCCACAAGGUAAGGUAUACGCAUGUAAAAAUGUUCAUGACUUUAAAAUUGUUUGUCUGUGUGUAUUGGCAUGGUUCCAGCCUUCUGAUGUAUCAUUAGCAGCACACCAGAUGCUGCUUAGAUAGUGAUGGAUCAGUUCUUUGUCUCAACAUUACACUAGUCUAGGGCCAUGGACCCUGCAAUUUUAAGUCAGCAGUUGGCAAAGCUACUGGUCUUGGGAGACUUGAAUCAUAGGAUGGACCUGUUUGAUCAAACUGUUUGGAUCCUGCUCAGUCACACUACAACACAAACUGCUCACUGUAGCUUUCGGUCUUCUUAUUUGGGUAAUUCCAGAAGCAGGCUGGGUUCUUGUGUAAUUUGUGCAUACGGAUGCCCUUAUGAUUAUUGAUCUGGUUUCCCAAACCAAGUAAGGAUGCACUUGAACUUUCCCCACUUUUCCACAUUCUUAUCUAUUUGCGUAAGGGGUGGAUACAUUGUUACAUUCUUGACUGAGAGAGCCUUAGCCUGGGCUAUACCGUCUGGUAAACAAAAAAAUUAAAAUACCUAACUGCUCUGCUUUUGUUUCAGCAUUAAAAAAAAGGAUUUGAUCCUCUUGAUUAUUCAGCAUUGUCACGGCACUGGCCCGGCACCAGUAUCGGAGGUGUGUCCCUAUGCACUUGGUGUACUUACUGCAAGUACCACCUCCAUCCUUUUCCCAAUGAGAGCACUCCUCCUUCUGACGUCUUGUCCGAUGCCAGCCACUGCAUAUCUGAGCCUUUUUAUUGCUCCACCUUCUCAGACCAGGUUGAUGAUGCAGAUCUGCAUGCAUCAUCGCGCCAAUAACCCACAUGCACGUCAUGAUGUCAUAGGGGCCAAAUCAACCAACCUCUGGCCACUUAAAGCUAAAUAUACCCUCAGUAACUGUUAUAAUGUGCCCUGUUGCGGUUUCAUUUUAGUGGUUAUGUGAGAGUUUGUUUUUCAUUGUUCUACUCCACGGUUUUUCUGAUGCCACAUGUCAUUUUAUGCACCUUCGACUGCGCAUUAUUUAAGUUACAUAACAUUCACUAGCCAAUGCUCAGAUAGUUCAUUGCUCUGCCAUGAUUUUUGUUUCCCUUAGAUUCCCUUAGUUCUGUUCAUUUUCUAUUUUUUUCUUAUAUAGUGAUUUGACUUGUAUUUGAUUAUCUGUUUUACAAUUUUGUUGUCCUUUUGUAUUAGUGAGUUAGCCAACUUACAGCAAAGAGUCUGGCCUUCAGUUGCCCUGAGAGCCAAAUGUUUGUCAAACUAUCCACAAUUGGUUUUACUCAGGCCACCUCACCUUCUUGGCUGAGAUCAUCAGGAUCUUGUUCAGGAAGUCCCUUUAGUGGUUGUCUGAGUGACAGCCACUAGAGGUGGACUUAUCAUUGAAAACACUGCUUUUUCUCUGAAAAGGCAAUGUUUACAGUGAUGAUUCUGCAGAAACAGGCUAUAGACACCAGAACCACUAUUUUUGGCUUAAGUGGUUUUGGUGACUGUAGUGACUCUUUAAUAACAUGACUUUAUCUAACAACAACAAGAAUAACCUAUAUGUCUCUAAAUAAAACUGUAGUUAAUAUAAAUCUGGUAAUUCUUAUGUCACUCAAUUUUUUCUAUCUGAUUUUGUAAUUUAGAAACAUUCUAAUUUGUAUUUUUUUCUAUAAGCAUUGCUUCUUACAUUUCUAAAUGUAUUUUCUUUUAUCAUUUUCCAGGUUAAAUAUGGAAAUUGAAGAUGCUAUAAACCUGUAUAAUGUACAGACCACCGAAAUAUCUGAUCUUAACAAGUCUACAGUAAAGUGUGUUUUUCUACUAUUUUAAACAUAAGUUUGAGUUCAGCACUAGUGAUGUCCCGAAUGGUUCGCCGAAUGGUUCGCCGAACGGUUCGCGAACGCUUCGCCACAGACUCAUCAUUGAGUAAACUUUGACCCUGUACCUCGCAGUCAGCAGACACAUUCCAGCCAAUCAGCAGCAGACCCUCCCUCCCAGACCCUCCCACCUCCUGGACAGCUCACUAAGAAUGCAGCUUCAUAAUGAAUGUAAAAUGGAUGCUGUCCAGGAGGCGGGAGGGUCUGGGAGGGAGGAGGGUCUGCUGCUGAUUGGCUGGAAUGUGUCUGCUGACUGUGAGGUACAGGGCCAAAGUUUACUCAAUGAUGAGUUCGUGGCGAACCGUUCGGGACAUCACUAUUCAGCACCAUUUCUCAGUUUACGGUAUACUGUCUUUUUUUUCUUUUUCAGUGGACAGGUGCAACUACAAAUGUCUCCAGUUUUUCAGGUAAAUUUAUUUCCAUAAAACAAGUUCAUGUCUUGAAGCUAAUUAAACAUGUUUUUAAUACUGAAGACAUCUAGUUUAGUAGUUGUAGAUAUGGCUGUAAAACGUAUUGCAGACUAAUAAAUGAAUGUUAAUAUACAAAUUAAAUGUAUGUUUUUGUUAGAAAUUGUCCUUUCCAUUACUAGUACCCUAGUUUGUUGUUCACCUAUAAUUAUUGUUACUAGAUACUUACUGUUUUCUCUAAUUCUAAAUUAUAAAUCACUAACAUACUUGUUUUGAUGCACAGAAUGAUCAUAUCAUUGAGACUUCACCUUCUCAAAAUUCCCAAAAAGAAGAGGUGGGUCUUGUAUUAUCCUGCAUAAAGUUCUUUUUGCAAACAUAUUUAAAUACAGUAUCCGCUUAAUAUUAGAUAGGGGUAAGCCGGUGUUAAAGGUCUAUUUUUUUUCAAACUUUCAUUUCUCUCAAAUACAGCAACUAGCUGACAGCGUUUUUACCAGAGUUAAAAUCAGAUAAACACUCUCUAGUACCUUGUGAUUGCCCAGACCAGAAGAGUACAUGGUACAUCAAACAUAAAAUUAGUCAGCCAAAUACUUAAGGCAAAAACAUCUGUAUAAGAAUGACUUGUAGAUACUCUCAACGGGAUGCUAUUGUACAGUGUAAAUGUGUGUGUGUGUGUCUGUGUAUAUAUAUAAUAUCCAUAUAUUAGAAUUUUCACUUGGAUGUUGUGACUCCAGAGCCCUACUUGUUUCUGUGUACAUUGUAUGCAUGUGUCUCUGUGUUGUGUAUAUACAACAGUUCUGAAUAUCAUCUAUAUUUUUCCUUUGUUCAGUAAAUAAGCUUGCAUUGCCUGUACCUUUAACACUAUGAGUUAGACCAGUGGUAGUCAACCUUUUUCCACUUACCGCCCACUAAUGCAUCUUUCUUGAUGGAAAAAUUUCCUUACCGCCCACCAGUUUUCGCGCAAGCGCGGAAUAUUUUUUAGAAAGGAGGGUGUUUUAAAAAAUACAUAAAUGAACGUACAUUUAUCUUUUUAUUUCUACUUUAUGCAUGUUUAUAAUGUUUUUAACUUUAUAAAGUUUAAUGAGGAAGCAAUAAAGUAAAUUGAACUUACCUUUACUAGUGAUUAAUGAGAUCCUUGAGGUUGAUGCUGCGAGACUAAAUAUUUGAUAUCUGGUUCGAUUUUCAUAAGGAACAAACGAAGGUCUCCUCUUUCAGUGAUAAUCGGAAGACUUCUUUGUUUGCUCAUAAAAUGAUUUCUCAUCUGUGCGUCAGCUCCCCUCCUCUCCCUCCUCAAUUCCCCUUCCCACCUUUUUCCCCUUUUUUUCUAUUUUUUAACCUUCCUUAUAGCAAUGCCCAGUAGGAAGGCUGAGCUAGGUAGCCCACUUACUAUUAUUAGUCAACAACAAUUCUCUCCUUUUCCUUUUCUUUCCUUCUCCUUUUUUACAAGUACUCUACUCCUUCUUUCCUCUAUACUAGAAGUACUCUACUCCUUCUUUCCCCUAUACUAGAAGUACUCUACUCCUUCUUUCCCCUAUACUAGAAGUACUCUACUCCUUCUUUCCCCUAUACUAGAAGUACUCUACUCCUUCUUUCUCCUAUUCUACAAGUACUCUGCACCUUCUUUCUUCUAUUCUACAAGUACUCUGCUCACAGGCAAACACAUACACACACACACACACACUCACAUUGAAACACAUACACACAAAUAUACACAUACUCACACAUGCACUUACAGACACUCACACAUGCACAGACAGACCCACAGACACACACACACUUACUGACACACACACAUACACUUACAGACAGACACAUACACUUACAGACAGACACAUACACUUACAGACAGACACAUACACUUACAGACACAGACACACACAUACACUUACAGACACAGACACACACAUACACUUACAGACACAGACACACACAUACACUUACAGACACACACACAUACACUUACAGACACACACACAUACACUUACAGACACACACACAUACACACACACACACAUACACUUAGAGACAAACACAUGUACACACACACACACAUACACUUAGAGACAAACACAUGUACACACAAAUUAUUAAUAUUAAAUAUCCACCCAGCCUCCCUACCUGGAGAGCUGGUGUGGAUCUGUCCCUGGGGUCCAGUGGGGCUUCACUUAGGCGGGCGGCUAAUCAGACGCAGCGAGGGAGCUCUAACCUCUCUGCUCUGCUCCCUCACGGACUGUCUACGGAUGCCGGGAGCCGGAAUAUGACAUCAUAUUCCAGCUCCCGCGGCAUCAGCAAACAUCGCGCGAGGGAGCAGAGCAGAGAGGUUAGAGCUCCCUCGCCGCGACUGAUUAGAACGCUGCCAUGCCGGGGGUCCAGAAGGUGGCCUGGCAGGAGGGAGCGCUUCCUCCUGCCGGUCACUGAAGACUUGCGCAUGCAGAGCCGCUCGCGCCCGCCCAAAAGGAGAAAUCCUCUUAAAAAGAGGAUUUAGCCUCAGAAAUCCCUACCGCCCACCUGGAAUCCUAAAACGCCCACUAGUGGGCGGUAGGGACCAGGUUGACGACCCAUGAGUUAGACUAUGAGUACAGUGUCUAUUCAAAAGUGCUUUGCUUGAUAUAAUGCACCCGGAAUGAAUUGUUCUCCUAAAUGAACUUAUGAAAACCAAGCAUACUGUAUAAAUAGCUAUGUAUUCAUCUGUGAUGCUUUUAUUCACUCAACAAUGAGUUUCCUUGCUGUGAAAUAGCAGUUGGACAAAAUCUACAAUUUAGCUAAAAACUCACAUUUAUUCUCAUGUCACCACAAGUAGCACUUCAUUGGCAAAUCUCAAAAUAUUUUGUGUUAGGAAAUAUUAACACACAGAUGUAAAUGGAAUUAUAGGGGCCAUAAAAUAACAUUUUGUAAUGUGACUAAAGUUGUGGUGUUUAUAGAUUGAUCACAUUUUAACAUACAUGAGGACACAUGGGCUAUUUGAAAGGGAAGUUUGCAGAAACGUUUGUAGACAGUGUCCGUAUAAUUCAUAUACAUAAUGGUGGCCACUUUCAUAGAUUGCUUCUUUUUUUUUUAGACUUGUGACAGUGUGUUUAAUUACCUUUGUCCACCAUUGCCCUUUCCGCAAUCUCCUCUGUUUGAGCCAUAUAGCUUCUUGUGACUUGUAUAUUUUAUCUGGGACUCUGGUACAUUUUCUAUCAGAAUCUCUCAUUACGUACAGCUUGAGGCCCAUAUUUUCUAUAAAAAGCACAUUGUCACGGACUCUCUCUCUCACACACACACACACACAAUUUUACUACAGAGGCACUCACUAGCAGACUCACACUCACAUACAAUUUUAGUUUGCUGGACAUUGAAGCCUACUAGCAUUAUGGGGACUCUGAAAGCACUGUAAGUUGCCUAAUGCAUCAAAUUGCCAUUUUCUGACCUUUUUCUGUUGGCACUUGCGGUGUCAGCUGGUAAGGCUAGUGAAAAGGUUGGCUGCUGUAAGCACUUGGUCUUCUAAUAUUUGGAAAUAUUGGAUGGGGGUUCCAAAUCUUAACCUAGCAAUAUUUUUACACCCACAGAGAGAGGGGCUGAGGGAGCAAAAUAAGUGGACGACUGCUUCAGAAGCAUCUGCCCAGGUUUUUUAUCCAGUUAAAAAAAACAAACAAACAGGCUGGCCAAAAUAAAACAUGAAUUGCAUGUUCAGGUAGCCAUGCUCUCCCUCUCCCCUCCUUCUGCACCUGGUAUAUGGCUAAGAAAUAUUUAACCACUUCUGCUGCUUCCAUGGAGAUCUAUAUGCCUUCUCCUGGAACAUUAAAAGUCAGUCUUCAAUUACCUUUAAUCAUGAAAUAAUGAGUGAGGCUGUUUGUGUAAUAUAAUAGGAGCCAAGCAGUUUUUUUCUGAAAGGUGUGCAUUGCAAUAGCAAGUCCUGUCACAAAAUCCUUUGUUCAUGAAAAUGAUGAAUUCUGAUUUAAUAAAAGCGGUAAUAGAGGCCUCUGGCUUUAUUCAUGGCUGUUCAUGAAUAAAGUUCUUGUGUACACAUGUGGCUCUUAUAAUAACUCUCUAAAAUAAAAAUGUGAGUACCUCAAAGGAUAACACUACAGCUGCAGAUAAGGAGAGAGACGAGUAGGGGAUAUUAAUUAAUAAUUUGAAACAAAAAUGUAAUUCUAAAAAAAUAAGUGCACAUUAAUCUCCAAACAGGCCUUGGUUUAGUGCCUGGAAUAUCCUUUCUUAACAGUGAUAAUUUGGGCAUAGCCAUUUCCUGGAUUAAAUGCAGUCCAACAGAGGGCCCUAUAUUACCAAUAAAACUAUUAUUCCAUUACAUAAAAGGUAGUAAAGGAAAGCAUGCAGCGCUUAAAUAUAAAACCAAUUAAGGGGUCGUUCACUAAACACUGAAUUGAAAAACAAAUUGCAAAAUCCAGGCUAACCUAGCCAAACUAUGAUUAUAAUGGAAAUUCAUUUUUAAUUACGACAACUGAAUAUUAAGUUAAUACACUUCUUAUUUUAAAUGAAUAGCAUACAGUUUAAGUUUCCUAAUUUAAGGGAUUUCACCUAUAUAUUUCUCUGCACACAGAAUGAUGACGGAACUCCUACCAUGUCUCCAGUACACAGCUCAGCAGCCUUUGGUCUUAAACCAAGAUCUGGUAAGUUUUUACAAAUACUGCUGGUUAAUCUACAAAUAUCUCAUGGUGACAAAUAUGUGGUUUGCUUGUUCACUCUAUUUUCUUUCAAAGCGCUAAUUAAACUUUUGUUUUUAUAUAUAUAUAUGACAUGCAAUCACAGUUUUCUUGAUUUUGUCUGCACUGGUUUGAUGAUAAGAUUCAUUUUAGUUGACCUUGAUGUGCUAUGCAUGUUUAUCUAAACCAAGGAAAACAGUGUUUUUGCCAAAUUAAAAGUUGUAAAUGAAUUUAAUAUUAACUGUAAAAAAUAAAAAAAAAUAAAAAAAAGGCACUAAAUUUGAUUUUGUGUAACUAACGUUGAGAUAUGAACAAAUGCUAUACUAUGAAAGCCAUUCAAUAAAAUUUCACCGGUCAGUGUCUUUUUUUUUUUCUUUCCCCUUUUUCCCAAUAAUGAAACUAACCACUUUCAAAAAACGGCCUUUCCAAAAGCAUACUGGUUUUAAAGAUGUUGGCAAUAAAAAAAAAACACAUUCUUUUAUUUAUUUACAUUUUGCUUAAAUCCUGAGCACUAUUGGUUUUGUUUAUUUAUUUUAAUCUUGGUAAUUUUUGUCACUGAUCUGAAUAAGCCUAAUUUUUUUUUUUACCGUGAUUUUAAUAUUCCAGAAAUGUAAGUACUGCAUUUUAUAAAUGCAAUUCGCAUUGCUGCAUUUGUAUCCAAAUAUCUUUUAAAAAGUAGGAGAAUAAGAUGUUAGGUGAUCCUUCGAAAUCUAAAUGAAAGAAAAUUCAAUUUCAUAAUGUAAAACACGGUUACAGUAGAUAACAUUCUAGUUAUUAGAAAUACUUGCGCUCAAUUACUUGCGCUGUUUUGUUGAUUCAAUUCAUAAUGUUCAAACUGACUUCUUUAUAACCUUUUGGUAACUAUAGAUGGAAGAAAGCCAACACGUGGUAUUACAUAAUUAAUUGGGGUACUUCAUUAUCUUUAUACGAUGGACCUGUAGAUGGGAAAUACAACAAUGCACAUGCCAUUACUGGGAAUGAACCUUCAUUGUAUCACAUGACUACAUUUCCAUUGUUUGUUGAUCUUGAAUGGAGUCUUGUUUAGUGUUGAAUCAGUCCACAUCACUGAAUAAUGGCUUCACAUUCCAUAGAACCAUGAGGUCCAAGUAACAUUACGUUGAGUUGCUUCAUAUGCUUUUCCCCAUAUGUUUGCACCAAAGAAUUGCUAAAUCCAGUUUACUUUAUCAGUACUGUUUGUUUAUAGCUGUAAGUACACUAUAUAUUCUUGACAAGCACAAUGUUUGUUGCAGAAAGAAGAUAUUUAAAGCAGUCUCGUUGAUAACUUUUAAAGAAUUUAUGUCCCCAUCAGUGGGGGGGCAUGUGUAUUCUAUGGGUAAUAGAUGUGUAGUACUACAUUGCCAAGUUUAAUCAGAUUUUAUGGGAAGUUACUGUCAAGAGAUUUGAGAACCACCAUAUGACUUUCACAUUUAGUAAAAUAACCGUGUAAAGAAGAAAAACAAUGAUAGAAGGACAUUACUAGUGGGUAGUGAAGCAUCUUUGAAGCAUCUUCUUGCUCAGAGCACUAAAAAAUUCAGUAUGCUCAGGCUCUGAAGAGCAGCAGUGAAAGAAGAUUGCUUUUUAGAAAUCUCUUUAUGUAAAUAUCGAAUAGUAUGCACCACCAACUGUUACGUUUACAUUUAUUCAUAUGUUACUCCUCAUAACGCCAUUUUCCAUUUACUAUUUGAUCAUUUAUUUCACUUUUUGUUAUUGUGUUCUUAUUUUUUUCUGCAUUUUUGCCAUCUUGAAUGUUAAAAUACAUGGUAUUCUAAUUAAUUAAACUUUCGAUUUAGAUGUUUCCACACAGAAUGAUGGCAUGGCACAGACCAAAUCUGGUCCUGAAUAUUGUGUUAGAGGGACACUAUGGUCACCACAACAACUACAGCUUAAUGUAGUUGUUCUGGUGAGUAUAAUCAUAGCCUUCAGGCAACUUAAUGCAAACACUGCCUUUUUAGAGAAAAGUCAGUGUUUACAAUGCCCCUAGGGACACCUCCAAGUGGCCACUCCUCAGUUGGCCACUGGAGAUGCUUCAUAGGCCAGUGCUGCACAGUAGGCAGCACUGCCAUUCAGCAUCUCCACGCUCUGCAUGAUUCUAUGCAUCUCUAUGAAGAAGUGCUAAUUGGCCAAAAUGGCAUUUGGCCCUGCCCCCAUCCUGCCUCUUUGCUGAUUUUAGCCAAUCCAAUGUUUCCCUAUGGGAAAGAUUGGAUUGGCUAAAAAUUGGCAAUUCUGAUGAUGUCAUCAAGGAGGUGGAUCUGGGGUAGGGCCAGCACCGGUGGACCCGUGUGGUGCUGGAAAUAAGAUGAGUUUUAAUUAUUUUUAAGGGGGCUGAGAGAGUGGGGGGUGGGGGGGGGUCAAGCCACCUAAAUGGUGGGUUUAACACUAUAGGAUCAGAAAUACAUGUUUGUGUUCCUGACCCUAUAGUGUUCCUUUAAGCUGUUGAGAGGUGGUGUGCAAGAUGGCAUCACCAUGUCAUUAUGGUAGCCCUUAUCAUUUACACUGGGUUUUCUGUGAGUAUUGUAACUUAUUCAAAAAUACAUAAUCAUCUGCUAUAAACAGCAGUGAUUGAAAGCCCAAAAGCAAAUGUAUCUAACUAACAGGUAGUUAUUUUCUCUUUAUUUUUUAGGAUUUUAACUUAAUAACUUUAAACUAUGUUGACUGAGAAUAAGUCUUUACAUUAUACAAUUGCCUCUAGGAACACUGAUAUUUGGUUAAUUUCAAAUCCUUAUGGCCUCACAUGGUUAGAGCAGUAAAUAAACGUAAUUUGCAAUACAUUGCAUUUCAAACUGUGAAUUUACGGAGUUUUCCAUCAAUUCCUCCAUUUGUACAUUAAAACUAUGAAUACAAAUUAAAUUUAAUAAAAUCAGCAACAUUGACUUAGUACGUAGUAUUUAAAACCGUGCACUGUUAAGGAAUAUAUUAACUAUUGCACGCUGUUGUAUUCUAAUUGUCAGCGCUAAUUUUUUAAUCAUUGUUUGUCUACAUUCCUGGCAAUAAGUGUUAAGAGCCCUUUGCUUCAUUCCCCAUAGGAAAAACAACAAAGCAAAGAUGACUGCUUCUUUCAAACUCGAAUCUGUCCUCAGUCUAGAAAUAAACAAAUAUAUACAAUCCACAUUUAAUUUCAUGUUUUGACACCUCAAGAUCUUGAUCGAGGCAAGCAACACAAAAUUAGCUUUUACUGACAAUCUCUAAGUUUAGGGUAUUUUAUAUGACCCGUCUCAUCACAGGCAGUUUACUAUAUUAGGAUUGGAUGGUUUCGGUGGUUUACCAAAACUGCAAACAUUGUUAAUUUCCUUAUUUCCUGAUAAAGCAUAGCUCGGUUGUAAAAAGCUUUCCUGUCUGAUAUGGUUUCCUGCAAGUGUUGACCAUUUUAACAGAGUUGUAAAAAUAAUGCUUCAUAAUGUUCAGUUAAAUUCUGUAGUUGAGGUUUCCCACAUAUGUUCUGUUUGUUUGUCUUUUGGGUGUAUUCGUGUGUUUUUGAUUAAUAUCUGUUUAUUUCAUGUUACAGUCAUGUGUGUAUUUGUCAGUGUAAAAGAGAGAUUCUUAUACAUUUAACUAUUUUGAUUAGAAAGUGUUUUGUGUUUGUAAUUAAAGAAGAAAUACAAUGAAGUCCAACAUGGAAAAAAACCAAAAACACUUUUACACAAUUUUUUAAAUUUUUUUUUUAUGCCUGCUGUAAGACAGCAAUAAAUGUAAAAAAAACAAAUAAGAUAAAGGGAAUGAGGAUUUGAGGAACAGACCUAAAUAUAUAUGACUAGGUGAGGAGAGGUAGUUCAAGGGUAAAAAGGUCUGAAUUGACCUGAACAUUUGAUUGGAGUCAUGUAUGGAUGGUAUGUGUAAAGGCCAAGGUGUGAUAGAAGGUCCAGGAUCACUGGACAAAAAUGAUAAUGACAUGGAGAGAAGUAGAAGUAGUAGAAUAUUUCGUAUUUCAUGCUUCAGUCUCUACUUAUUCUAAAUAUUUAAAAUAAAUAUGCAAAAAUAUACACAUGCACAAAUAAGUGGUUACUGUGUAAAGUGCACUUGCAAAUGUAGUUAAGUGACAAAAAGCCGCUACACACUCUAGUGGGUUCUCUUUUAUCCCCACUAAAUAUAGUAUAGAACCAGAGUGAGUUUAGUGUACUCUACUAAUCAAGUGAGUGGAGCGCUUGUGAUUUUCAACUGUGAUUUUCAUUUAUGCUGAAACAUAGCAUAACAUGGGCUGGUCUCGCCGCAACUGGCAGUGCCACCAGGGCUGAAAUCAUGAAUCUUUAUGAUCUCAGCCAAUCCCUAGGUAAGCAUUGGGAGGCUAUUGCGCAAGUGAGGCAAUACGCUGCAUUACGCCAAUCAGCAUCUCUAUGGAGAACGUUCAGGGAACAUUUAUAUUGAAAAGCCUGCAGGGACCGGCUAUAGAAACCAGAACCACUACAUUAAGCUGUAGUAGUUCUGGUGACUAGAGUGACCCUUUAAUUGCAGCUAAAGCACACCUUUUAUACUGGAUUUGACUUAAUAAUUAACAUUCAAAAACAUCCCACUUAUUUUGAUUACAUUGCUUUCUUCAAACAAGAUUUUGAAUGGCAUCAAUUUCAAUAACUGGUCUUUGCAAAAUCCUUUAUAAGACAACGUUUAACAUGCAUCAUGUUUUGGAAAGUAAUUAAAAUAUAUAACACUGAACAGUGAUAUAGAAGGGGAAAAAAAACCUACAUAAUAUGUCAUUAUUUGCGGGUUUGAGAUUUCCAAGGCAAUGGCAUAGGAUGCAACUCAUAACUUAUUACUAGAAAAGCACUCUAUAUUCCAAGCUAUGAGUAACAUCUUGGAGAGAAUUAAAUUGCUGAAUGUCUAAACUUUCAAAUUAUUUGAUGAUAAUCACAGGAUGGAAAGCUAUCAACAUGUAUUAUUUUAUUUUAGACAUAUUGUCAAGAGUGUGUCAAGCAAUCUGUGUUUCUGCAGUGCUCAAGCAUCUGUGUUAGAUCAAAUAUUCCGUACUGUUUAAGCUUGCCUGGUUUAACCUGCAAAUCGUGCAGAAACUAAUGUAUUUUUCUUGCAUUCUUCAAUUAGAUCCAUGUUUCUUAAUUAGCAUACUUAGAGCAUGAAUUGAGUUUGAGUUGACUGUUUUUGUAACCUUCUGUUGCUUCAAAUUUGAUUUAUUCUGGUCCUCUUUUGCUUUAUAUGGACCUCCUCUGACACCCCCUCCUACAGACCCGUCCCUCACUCUUCCUCCUAUCUCCUUCAACAAACUUACACAGGCACAAAAUUGGGACAGCUAUAGCAUGGAUACCUCGUCAGAAGGAGAAAUUGACAAUGGUAGGUAUUGUACAUUAUGUGAAGUGUGGCCUGCAUGUGUAAAGUGUUGGAUUAAACAUUUUAUUAUUUAUUUUUAAAUAUCAUUUGACUCGCCAUCACUUGUGUAGAGAAGACAUUAAUUUCAUCAUUCUAAUUGCGUGCCUUUUCACAUUAUGUUGCUAUGGAACACUGCUGCGCAAUUAUUGUAGGCUGCAAUAUGUUUGCAUGGAUGCCGAAGUGGAGUAACCUAUAAAAAUGAAUAAUUGUGCAAUUUUGCAAACGCCAGUCUCAAUUCACUAUUACUAAACACAUCUCAUCCAAGAUCUUUUAAAUCAACUCAUCUAAUCUUUCCUUUCUAAUCCCAACUAAUCCUAUUCCUUCUCUUUUUCAUCUUACUUUUUAAAUCUUCCUUCAACAUCCCUCUUCCCUUUGCUCUUCAUCUUCCCUUUCAUUCUUCCACUUCCAUGGACUUGUUUGCCUCAUCGAUGCAUAUCCAAUGCCUUCAUCUUUCUAUUUCCCACAUCUUAUAUUUAAUGCUCAUCGCCUUUCUACUAUCCUGAAAGCCAUUCGUAUCCUCCCUGUCCAAUUUCUACUCUCAAAUAAUAACCUGGUUAUGGUUCUUGUGCUACUGGAGGAGUCCUCUGUCAAAGCUCACCUCUGCUUCCUGUGCCAGAAAGGCUAUCAUGUCACAUCCCUUCACUGCUACCAGUAUACCUAA